ACUUGAAUAGGCGCCAUCUUGGCGUUUUCAGUUUUAGUGCAGAUCUCGUGUUUAUUGAUUAGCGAACUUUCUGGAGUGUCGGUGACUGUCACAAGAUUUGAGAGCGCUCAGAAUUGCUAACCUUUGUGUAGGGUUAACGUCAAACACAUAACUUAGUAAUAUACGAAUUCUUUCAUAGAGUUUUACUUGUGUUGAACCGGUGUCUCUGCCCAAUUUUUCUGUCGCGGGUUAAUCGCAAGUAUAGUGCACGGAAUUUGGCUGGUUGAAUUUUAGCACCACACACGAUGGUUCAAGAUAGCUCACCUGUGCCGCCUCCAGUUAUGUGGGCACAACGCCCCGGAGUCGUCUUCCUAACUGUGUGCCUGGAGGACUGCAAAGAUCCUGUGAUCAAUAUCGACACUGACAAGGUGUACUUCAAGGGUGUUGGUGGUACCGAAAGAAAGCUGCACGAGGUUACAAUUCCGUUGUAUAAAGAAGUGGACCCCGACAAGUCUGUAACAUCUGUAAAAGCACGCAAUAUUGAGCUUGUACUGAAGAAGAAAGAAUCGUCCCAGGGGUAUUGGCCUCAUCUCUGUUCUGACAAGCAAAAGCGGCACUGGUUGAAGGUGGACUUCAACAAGUGGAAGGAUGAGGACGACAGUGACGACGAGACGGGACAGCCGGAGGACCUGGAAGAGAUGAUGCGACAGAUGGGAGGCCUGGGCGGUGGUGGUGAUUCGAAGCCCGUCUUUGACGACCUCGACGCUGAGUCGGACUCGGACGACGAAGAGCUUCCAGACCUCGAAUAAAGUGAAACAGAUGUGUUUUGUCCAGGCUGUCACCAGGACUUAGGGGAGCCACCGAUGCAACCACCAAACUAGGGGGGAGGGUUUCACUCUUGUGCAGAGUUGUAUUGUACACCAACCUGCCCCACCCCUCUUGACUGAUAAUGGGAUCAUUUAACAUUAAUCAGUGGUAGAUGCAGCGUUAUGCAGAAGUGAAGACAUGUUUUCCUUGCAAUAAGUAACUAACUUGAAAAUCAUUUACUGUUAAGAGACCUGAAUGCAUCGUUGAUUGAUAACAGUAACACCACAUUCUUAAAGUGCUUUAGGAUUUGGAAUUUAUAUCUAAUGUUUUGUGUUAAUUUGCUGGUAGAUAAUAGCAAAAACUCUCAGAUGGCUGCAGUUUUCCUUGUUCGACUUGCUUUCCUCUGUUUGCACACUGUAAUAAAACAUUGUGUUCAACUACAGCAUGAAGGUUUGCAAAUGGGGGAAAACAGUGUUUUCAUUUUGGAAAGCAACAGAGUUUCUGUGGACAUUCUAAUGCCAAUUUACUGUAGUGGUUGGAUGAAAGUGUUAGAAAUUGCUGCAGAGGAUUUAUUCCAUAAAUUUAAAUUCAUACUGUGCACUUAACUGUAGAUUUUUUGAGGCCUCAAAAUGUUUUUAUUUGAAAAUCUUGCCGGCUGCACUGAAAUAAAAAGUACUUCCUAGUGUGUUACUUUUUUGUGUUUAGAUUGGUGGCAAGAAGAAAAUUACAGUUUGCAGUUUGUGUUAAAUGUUCCAGGACUUGAUUUCUGUGGGGACGGUGGCAUAACCCUGUUUGAUUAGUUUCUCUUUAUAUUCCAUGUUCUUUCAUUUUUGUAUAUGUAUAGAAGCUGGCCAAUGUAAGUCUUUCCUUAGCUGUGCUUUGUCAGUCUCCUGUGGAUCAGGAAUGUCUUCGUAUGUACUGUGCAUCGAGCUGUGGAUUAUGUAAUAUUUUGGAGGAGAGCCAGCCGUUUGCCAUAAUCAUCCAAAGUUUCAGUGACAAUUCCUCAUUCAUUACCCUUGAUGGUGAACUGCAGUUUGUUUAUUGUAAACGUUAAGAACCUGCUUAUUCAAGAAAUGAAAUAAUGUAAUUGUUGUUAAAUAAAUUUCUUAACUGGA